CCGCCUACCAAAAAUGGAGGCAUUCUACACAUGUUGUCAACGCAACGGCAACAACGCCAGUAAAUAAAUACAUAUUUAGGUCAAAUAUCGCUUGCUUUUGGUUAAUUUUCUAAAGCCUAAGCUCCGUUGUUUCAGUCAACUAGCUAUUGUUGUUGUACAGUUUCCGGGAGUCACAAAUAUCGACCUGAAGUUCUGCCCAUCCAGCUACAAAAAGACUUCCGCAGGGAACACGUUUUCUGGGGAAAUGAGUGGAACUGAGACUGUGACUGAAGAAUGUGAGUGGACCAAGGCAAACCUCCAGAAGCUUCUCGCUGCAAUGAAAACCAGCAUCCCGGAGCAUGACCUAAUGAGCGCAUAUACCAAAGGACUGAAGAGUGUGGACUGGAAUGUGGUGGCCUUCCCCCCUUUCUCUCCUGAAGCAUGCCAAGAAAAGUGGAGAGAGAUUUUGCAGAAGAUGCGAAAGAUUCGGACCCUCACAGAGCUCAUCGUUGAAGCUGAAGAUGUCAUUUCCAAUCCGGUCAAGAACAUGAAGAUGCAUCCAGAGCUCCCGAAGAGACCCAGCCCUCCAAAUGCCAUGUUUUAUGAGGAGAACUGGGCCAAGUUUCACAAGAAGCACCCAAAUAUGAGCCGCAGAAAGGGGUUCAGGUGCCUAAUCAAGAAAUACAAGGCACUCUCAGAUGAAGAGAAGGCUCAAUAUGUGGAAAGAUCUAAGCUUGCAAUGGAGGGAUACAGGAAAAAGAUGCGGCAGUUCAGGAAACAAUACAAAUUACCUCCCAGCCGGGAGCCCAAAGCAUGCCGAAAGAGGAAGAAACUCUCUGCAGACACUCCCAAUCAGGGUGAAGAGAAAACUAAAGUUGCAAAGGACCUGCCUCCCAAGCCUCCGUGCAAUGGUUAUAAUCUAUUCUGCAAAGAGCAACGUGCGUCCAUGACGGGUUUCUCUGGAAAUACCUACGUGAGUGUCUGGGCCCAGCGUUGGCGAGAUUUGUCUCCGAGACAGAGGGACGAGUACAGCACUCGCUGCAGAGAGUUGAAGAGACAGUACUCGGUCAUGCUGAAUAAAUAUCUAAUGAUUUUUGAUAAGGAGGAGCAGCAGCGGAUAUUAAAUAAGAAUGGCAUCAAAAGACCUUGUGAGCAUAAGAGCAUUGUAAGAAAAGUUGUAGGGAAACUUCCUGGGGAGCCCAAGAUGCCAUCUCGAUCUGGAAAUGUCAUUUUCUGCAAAAAUCAGAUGGAAGUUAUGAAGGAAAAACUCCCAAACUCAAAUGAGCGCUUCACCAAGGUCAACCAAAUGUGGCAUGCCCUCUCCGAUAGGGAGAAGCAGCGCUACAAAGAGGAAGUAUGUAAAAACAUAAAUAAAUACGCGGGGGAGCUGCAGAAGUGGUUUAAGACAUUGCCAGCAGCAGAGCAGGAAGCUUAUCGAAUACGUAACCCCAGUAAAUUGCAAUUCCUUAAUGUUGACCAAAUGAAAGAUGACAGAGAAGAACCAUCUGGAGCGGAGUACAGACCAUCAGAUUCAGAAGACGAAGACAUUGAAGACAGCAGCAGUGACGAAGAAGAAGAGGACAAUUCGGACUGUUAUCAGGUCGAGGAGGAAGACGACGACGACGUUAUCAUGUUCAAGGUGUUUUAAAUGGAGGAGAUGGACAGCAGAAGCAGCACACAAGUUCAGAGCUGGAAUCUUCAACUUGGUCUGUAAAAAGCAGCACAUUUGAGAUGAUGGGCAGUCUCUCCAGUGUCCUUAAUGCCACAUUGUAUCCUGGCUAUUUGGCUGAAAGGUUGCCAUCACCACUUCUAUUUAUUGUGCCACAACCAAGGUUGGAUUACAAAGUGCCCGAGGACCCCAGACCAUCAGGGGCCACACAAACCCCGGGUUUACAUACUAUGUGGCGAUUAGCUGGUUGUAAUGUGAAAAAUUGUAAGACUGUUUGGGAAUAUGCACGACUAAAGUACAAUAUCAACUGGUAUGAUUAGGGCCUUGAAGUAUUACAUUUAGAAAAAACAAACACCCUUAUAUAUUAUAUAAGGAUUUAACAGUCAAGUGAAUU